GUUUUUACGUAAAUGGUUCCAUCUGAUCUAAAAAAUUAAAAAAUGUGGUGAUUGACUCUGAGUUUAACGGUGCAGCAAUUCCGACGUUAUAAAAAAAGAAAAAACCAAAAACAUGGCAGAUGACUCUAAACUCAAAGCGGAACGCCGUUUGAGCAUAACGAGAGAGAGCGAACUGCUGCAGCGUUUUGUGCGAAUAAAUGUUAAUGAUGACGACGGAGAAAACAGCAAACAGGACAGGCAGAUGAAGCAAAUAGUUGAACAACAGGAAAAAGACAAAAUACUGCAGCCCGACGAAAGCAAAAAGCAAAGACCACUCUCGUCGGAUACCAGCAAGAAAUUGUCAAAGGAACUUACUCAAGAAAACGAAAAGAAAAAGGGCAAGAAAAGGAGGCGCAGAGGUUUGAAGCACGAGGAGCUUUAUUGUGACAAGGAUAGAGCUGCAGCCGUAAACAUGGGUUCGAAGGACAUUAAACAGUCACUGCGGCUGAAAAGGAAGCAGGACAGAUUUAGGAAUUUGCAGAUUCCGGAGGAAGCGGAGCCGGGCACUUUUCUCGCCCUGGGCAAUUACGAAAUGAGCAGAGGCGAUUUACAAAUCGCCAUAGAUUUCAUGUCUAAGGCACUGGAACUCAACCCGACCGAGAAAAACUCGCUCGUCGCCAGAAGCAAAUGUUACAUCUUGUUAGGGAAGCCGGAAAACGCACUCAAAGACGCCGAAGCCGCUCUCAAAAUAGAUAAAGGUUUCAUAAAAGCAAUUUACCAAAAAGCGGAAGCUCUUUACUAUCUCAGCGAUUUCGAGCACAGUCUAGUGUAUUUCCACAGGGGGUUGCACAUCCGUCCUGAUCACGAAGGCUUCAAAUUGGGGGUGCACAAAGCUCAGAAAGCAAUCGAAAACGCAAUAGGAUCUAUAGGACGCAAUCUUAGCUCUGCUAGAAGCACGAAAUCCAAGGAAUCCAGCAGCACUAAGCAGAGCCCCACGAGUAACGCGAAGUCUAGUCGCCGAUCGACCCCAUUCGCCACAGCCAACUCUGCCAAGCCCAGCAGGCUGCUAAGAGAGCUUGGUACUGACAAGGAUUACCUGGAUGGGUUAUUACUAAACCCUAGUAUUAAGUGUAGCUUUAAGGAGAAUGACGAUUCGAUUCGGAACUGUAUUCGUGAAACCGUCGAAUAUUUGAACGCUAGGCAGGAAUUUUGGAGGCAGCAACUGCCACCUAAUUUGAAGUAGGUUCCUUAAAAUCAUUCAUGAUCCGUAAAAUAUUGAAAUAUAUGCAAGAAAUUUCGCAAAAAUUGAUUUCGACCUAUGUGUUUUUUAUAAAUAUGAAUUAAAAUCAUUGGAUGAUUGGAUUAACGCGUAAGUGCAAGAAAUUGGUUUUUCUUUCUAUGAUUUAUUUUCUUUCAUACUUGCAUUUUCGUUUUAUUCUUUUUAUAGAAAAAUACAUAAUU